GUCACUCUACCCAACAGUGUGGUUUAGUCAUCUACUAAAUAACACUGAUAGACUCGUAGAAGACUGGUUGGGCAUUCCGAAUAUCCGAAUUAUAAAACUCUUAUUAUUCGUUCGAUUUGCGGUUGUUUGGUCAGAAGUUGAUCUUUUUUUUCUAUUUUAAUAUGGAAGCUAGUUGGGUUAAAGGAGGAGAGACGUUCGGAGAUGGUUGCUACGACUGGGAGACGUACGAAUUAUUGGUUAGCGAAUUGCUUAAAGUGAAGGAUGUUUCUUUUCCUCUGUUUUGUUUGUUCCAUCGUCAUUACCAAAGGGGUAAGGAAAUACUUAACGAUUUGGCUAAAGAUUACGCAGUCUGGUCGGCUAAGAACCAUAGGACCAACAAGUUAAAGAUUCAAGAUCUCCAUUUAAAGAUAUCCCGUGCCCAAGCUGAUGUUUUGUUUAUGAUACGACGUAGAAUUAGAUAUGCUAAGAAAAAUAUGCGAAUGUACGAAACUAUGUACCAGAGUGGAUUCUAUACUGAAUUCAAAAGACCGGAGAAGAAAACUAGCGAAGACGCCUAA